AUGUACAAACUAGACAUCCCUUUGGAUGCAAAAGAAGCGGCAGUCAUUGAGGCAAGAAGGAAGCGUGAACAAGAGAGGCAAGCAAGAAUUUUCAAUGCCAGAACCAGACUGAUUGGGGUUGAUGAACGAGCGCUUCAGCAACAGGUGGAAGAGAAGAAGGAGCGCGAACUUCGAGAGGACUUGAGGGAGAAAGCUUACGCUGCCGAUGCCGUGAGGAACGAUAAAAUCGCUAGCAUCCUAGAGAAGCGGCAAGAGAGGGACAAAUAUCUAAUAAACAGAAGCUUGAACGAAUUUCGCGCACUGCAUCAGCAACCGGAUUCACGAAGAGAGUUCGACCUUUACGAUCCUGAAGCUUUGAAGAAAGACCGUCCCGCUAGAGUUUCUGACGACGAUCCCCGCUGUGGUGUUGCAUCAAUGCAAAAGUUUGAAGGGGAGGAUCUUAAUGGGCAGGCAAGAAAGCAGUACCAACAGGAGCAAGCUCAGAAUUGGCUCGAGAGACAGAUUGAAGAACGAAGGAGGGCUGAAGCCGCAAGAAACGAGGCAGAAAGUGCACUGAAAAUCGAGGAAGAACAGCGUAAACUGCAGAAGGCAAAACAAGAACAGGACGACAAUAUGACCGAAAUAUGCAAUGCCAUCUAUAGUGAUUUCCUGACAGAAAAUCCAGCACAGGCCAUUUCCGCAUUUGGCCCUCACCGCUACGUCCCCGAUCGUUAUAAAGGCAUGCCACCAGAACAAAAAGCAGAUAUUGUCAAGACUCAGCAAAAGCAAAUAUUGGAGAGGGAGAGAUUAAAAGCUGAAGAAAAAAUGCGCGACGCAGAGUGGGAUGCACAAAGGUUGAAAUCAGCGAAACUUGGCUUACUGUUGGAGCGAGAACUCGACCGUACUACUAAGCAGUUGAAAAGACAGCUUGCUGAAGAAAAUCUAAAAUUGGCGUUAGAUCAAAAAGCUUUUCAGGAGUAUCUGGAUCGUGAGGAUGGGGACCGCGUGAUCCUCACUGUGCCUGGUUCGAGACAUUACAAGAUAUGUCUGCCAACCGAUGUCAGUGGCGAUCUUGUUGUCAGCUUCUAUCCAGCUUGCCUGAGUGAACGUCUGGAGGUGUAG